CACUAAAAACCAGAAAAAAAAUUGAGUUUGAAAUGUGAACGACGAAAACGAACAUAAUUAGAAUCAAUUUACUAACGGGACGUUAAUUUUCCAUAACUGCCCCUAUCAUUUCCAUAUCUUCCUGCGUACUGUAAGAGCCAAAUCCGUAAAAUGAAGUUAAAACCCCAGAACAGAAGUCACUGUGGUAUAAAUCAUGAACGGCCGCUUAUAAUUGCAAGAGAAAAAGAAUUGAUGAAACACGACCCUAUCUGCUGAUAUGUUGCCUACGCAUAUGCUAUGUUCUUGUUGCCUUUAAAGACCCUGCUGUCGGUCGGUCAGUCGCCAUGGUCGGAGAUGUGACCGGUGGCAUCGCAUCCACUGGCACUGCUGCCGCGGCGGCGGAGGCGCAAUACGUUUCGGCAAAGACGUCAGUAUGGUGGGACAUAGAAAACUGCCAGGUGCCAAAAGGUUGCGAUCCCCACGCCAUUGCUCAGAACAUAAGCUCCGCCCUUGUUAAAUUGAAUUACUGUGGGGCUGUCUCCAUCUCCGCCUACGGCGACACCAAUCGGAUUCCUCAGUCUGUCCAGCACGCUCUCUCCAGCACCGGCAUCGCACUCAAUCACGUCCCUGCCGGUGUGAAAGAUGCGAGCGACAAGAAAAUUCUAGUUGAUAUGCUAUUCUGGGCGGUAGACAACCCUGCCCCUGCAAAUUAUUUGCUUAUUUCUGGUGAUCGUGAUUUUUCUAAUUGUCUCCAUCAGCUACGAAUGAGGAGAUAUAAUAUACUUUUGGCGCAGCCGCAAAAAGCAUCUGCACCUCUAAUUGCCGCAGCAAAGACUGUAUGGCUUUGGACUAGUCUUUCGGCUGGAGGUGCCCCACUUUCUAAUGGUGAAUCUACACAACUUGCUAAUGUUAGUAGCACCUUCAAUGCUGUAACAUCUCAAAGUAGAUAUACUGAAACCAUUCAAUUUAGCAAAGCUACGGAGAACGCUUCUUUGGGAUAUUCAAAUCCAUUUACUAAUGUGAAUGUUGGCGAAACUAGAUUUAAAGGGAAAUAUGUCCAAAAUACAGCGAAACAGCCUGGCAUAUCUAGAGCCUCAAGUGCACCAGUUGCAGUCCAAGAAACUAGUAGCAAUGAAUACCCUUAUCAGCUGGACCGUGCUCAAGCAAAGCAGUUUAAGAAAGCUCCACAUGAGUUCUUUGGAGGCAACAGACCUGUUGUCUCUGCAAGUAUAUCCACACCCAAUUUUUUCCCUGGUAAUUCCGACCCUGCAGGGAGUAAUGGCAGUAAUCUUAUAGGAAGUGCUCAAUAUCAGUAUGCUCAACCUGUGAGGCCAAAUAAGUUCUCUAUGCAACAACCUGUAUCACCAGAUGGUUUUCUUUCAAUGCAUUCCAGACCUGAGGCUUUUGCUACUAAAUUUUCUUCGACCUCAUUUAAAAAUGUACCUGAUAUUGGAAAACUAGGUAUGUCUGAAUCCUGCACUUAUAUUGAAGAUGCUCCUAAUUUGCAUCAGCAAACUGUUGAACAGUUAAAAAUGGGCUCUGUUGAGUCUUCUAAUUCUGCCUUCUUAAAUCCACCGCAUAAAUCCCUUAUGAUGUAUAGCAGCCAAGAAGACAAUCGUUAUCCUUGUGCUCCAGAAUUUCCACCUCCUCCAUUCUCUCCAGAAGUUAGCAACACCACUUCUAGUAAUGUUAUAUGGGGAACGCAAGGAAGGCCACCACCUUCAGAACAUGUUCAAGGUCAUAUCGGUGUUAUCUUACUUGCUUUAUACACGCUGAAAGCUGAAAAAAUAAUGCCUACGGAAGCAAACAUAACUGACUGCAUUCGUUUUGGAGAUAAAAAACACCGUAGUAUUGAUGUACGUAAAGCAUUGGAUAGUGCAAUUGAGCAUAAUAUGGUAAUGAAGCAAAGUUUAGGAGAAAUGCCAUUGUAUGUUGGUAAGAAUGAGAAACUAUGGAAGUGUGUGAAUCCUCUGGGCGGUAAUCCUAACCAGUACCCAAAAGCAAUAUGGGAUGGCAUACAGAGAUUCCUAACUUCCUCUACUGGGCGAUCAGCCAUAUUGGCGUCUCAUUGCAGAUAUGAAGCGGCAUUGAUUCUAAAACAAGGAUGCUUGGAAGACCAUGCUUUAGGUGAUGUAAUCCACAUCUUGAAUUUGACAAUUUAUACUAAGAAAUGGAUUGUUCACCAUCGUUCAGGAUGGCAACCAAUUGCCAUUAGCCUUAAAGAGUAAAACAGGUAAAGUCUGGCCCAGGAGCCUGAUCUAUCAAAGGUCAGCAUUAGUAUUGGAAAAGUGGUGUUGAGGUCAGAGAAGUUAAUUGCACAAUCAGUAUGACAAUGGUGUCUAAAAACUUGUGGUCGGUGCAACUCUUAGACAAUGAUUCAGUAAUUGGGAUUAGGUUUUAUGUCUUUUCUAUUUUGUUUGCUGGAGAGCUCUAGCAACAUCUAUAUUAAGGAGGGUUAUGGUAUGGUUGCAUGCUACAGACUAUCAAAUCUUCAACUUUCCAAGCUGCUGAUUUGCAGUUGUAAGUUGCUCCUGAACCAUAGGCUGGUGUAUACCUGGAUCUUGUGGGCUCUUUCUUUCAAAUACAAGCCAUUAGAUAUGAUGCUCCUUGGUGGAUGUGGCUCAAUAGUUGAGUAAAAGCCUUAUUUUGCCAACAUAAUGUGUAAUGGGAGGAUAUUGCUGGGGAGCAAAUCAAAAUGCAAAGCAGUUGCAAAUAUAUAGUCUAGUUUUAGUUUUAACUUUUUUGGAGUAUGGCCAACACUAAUAUCUUGUGUUUGUUAUGUGUGGUGGCCUGGAGUGAAUAUGAAAUGUGGAUUAGAAGUCAUGGUGGAUUUUUAUGGCCAGUGCAUCAGAAAUGAGGGGGAUUAUUACGUUAGUUGUUUGGGUGAAAGGAAAAUAGCAGAAAAAGACGGCGACUAUACAUGGUAAUGAAUGUUACACCUAUUGCGUGAUAACAUCGUAAGAAGACGUGGAGUUCUAAAUAUCAACUGAAUUGCAGAAAAUUUUACUAUUUGGGGGGAUGUGUGUUUUAUUUUGGAACGAUGGUUAGUAUCUUGUGGGGGUUGUGUGGAAAAUAUAGCAAAUUUUGGAAAGCAUGGUUUCCUUUCUUGCUUUUGUGCGAAUUCAGUUCCAUAUGAAUGUACUUCUAUUCUUGCAAAGUAUUCAGCCCGCAGAUUCUGUUAACUUGAAUGAUAAUUGGAAGUCUGAUAUUACUUUACUAA